AUGAGCGUCAUGGGUCAAGGGUAUCAAGACGAGGAUAUGUGCAUGUCCUUGUACGGUUUGUACCUACUUGACUCCUCAGUUUAUGCUCAGCAGCAAAUAAAAAGUACCGUCUUUCACGAAAGCUUCAACGUGCGAUGGCGUUUGUCUCCAGAGGCGGUGCGGGAGAACCGGAGGUCCAUCGCCCGGUCGAUUCGCGAACUCGAUCGCGAGGCCCUGGCGCUGAAUCGCCUUGAGCAGCAGCUGCUUUCUCAGAUCCGCAGCGAGGCGGCAAUCGCCGAAACGGCGACUCUGCAGCGGGUGCACGCGAGGCAGAUCGUGCGAGUCCGAAAGCGGCGAACGGCGCUUCUGGCUUGUCGCGCGCAGCUCCUGGGCGCAAAGCUCCAAGUCCAGCAGAUGCAGAGUAUGCAGCAGCUCCAACAGCACCUUCAGUCGAGUGCCCAGGUGUUGAUGAAGGUGAACAAGACGCUGAACUUGCCGCAGCUGCAUGGCGUAAUGAACGACUUCAUGCACGAAUCGCAUCGUCUCGGCUUGCUUGAAGAAAUGAUGACGGAUGUGAUCGACAGCGCGGCCGCAGAUGCGGAAGAAGAAGAAGCUGAAGAGGAGAUCGUGACUCAGGUGCUCCAGUCGGCGUCAGCCCAGCUCUCUCAAAGGUUGGCUGCUGCGCCGCCGCCGUUUCGCCUCGAUGCGCCUGCUGCGGUUGGAGGCGACCCCGUCGCGGUUGGAAGUGUCCCCGUGGCGGUCCCAAGUGUCCCCCCGGCCUGUGGAGCCCAACGUUUGGAGCCUCAGAGGGUUGCGCAGCACGACGAGGGAACAGCACUUCUCCGCCGAGCGCGCUGCGACCAGCAACAGCGCAUGGGGCUGCCGACGCUGCUGGUUUCGACUGGCGUGGAAGGCCGUCUAGCUUCGCAAGGAGCCGUUUGCGAUAUCGAGCGGCAAAUUCAGCAGCGCCUCCUCGACCUGAGGCGGUAG